UUCAACACCUAGCUUUGUCUUCACCGUCCAAUGGCCACCAGUCCCAGUGCCGCACAGCCGCCCUGCAGCAUGGAGGAGACGCAGCAGCCCGACCAGCCGAUCAGCACGCAGCCGGAUGCCGGAGAAGCCGGCCACGCCGCCGUGACCUCUCAACCAGGCGGCGCUGAACAAGAAGCCCCCUCCUCAACAACGGACGCUCCCGAGGCCGUACAAACCGAGGAGGGGGAGGCCAUCGAGCACCUGACGGUGAUCAGUGACGACGUGGAGACCAGUAACGGUAUCGUUCCAGUGAUGGUCGACUCCUCUCCCACAGUGUCCUCUGUGUCGCCCAAGCAGUACUCUAAGCCAGGCAGCCAUGCUAAUGGUCGGCCUCGUUUGGGCAGCCGGUCCGGCUCGUUAGCGGCGGGCUCUCCCAGGCCCUCGCUCACCCGCCAGCCCAGCGCCAUCACAGAGGCCGCUGUGGACGGAUCCAAGCCGAGGGACUACCUGAUCCUGGCCAUCCUGUCCUGCUUCUGCCCGCUGUGGCCCAUCAACAUCGUAGCCCUCACCUUCUCCGUGAUGUCCCGAAACAGUCUGCAGCAAGGCAACGUGGACGGAGCUCGUCGUUUGGGUCGUAACGCCAUGGUUCUGUCUGUCGUGUCCAUCGUGGGAGGGAUCGCCAUCAUCACCGCAGCUAUCGCCCUCAACUGGGGAUGUAAGUGA